CUUGUGAGGAAACCCAAACUUGCCAAUUACGAUGUGACGUCUGCAAGGAAUACUGGACUUUUACUACAGACACUGCACACCCUUCGCUCAUUCUACAGUUUAAAACUUUUGUCUUAAUGUCAAGAGACCUUGUGGUCUCGUUGUAUGUCUUUUUGUGGAACACAGCCAGAAUAUGUUAUUUUGCAACUACGUCAUAACGCUAAUACUACCACAUCCGCACACUGAAGGAGAUACAGAGGAAAGUAAAUUUACGUUAGCGUAGUCUUGGAGCGACAAGUUAGUUCGAUAAUAUUUUAACCGUGAACAUUUUGCGUUUUAUAUAUCACAUUUAUUUUGAAUGCGUGUAUAUUAUUUAAGUGAAUUUUACUGUGGUAAUAGAGACAAGAAGGUAAUUUAAUAGUACAGAGGUUUUAAAAAAAGAAACCGUCGGUAUUUCCGCAUUUGUUUACGGUGUGUGCUGGCUGGCACUUGGUAUUGGUUGUUGCCACUGACGUCGAAAUUCGAACGGUAAGACGUAACCUGAGGUUCUCCAGGAUGUCUUGGCAAGGGGACGACACGAUGGAGCAUGAUGGAGACACAGAAUCAGAUGUUAGUAUUCCGUUAGGAGAGGGUGUGUCUGGUCGCGGUAGUGUAUCUGACGGAGAGGAUAUUUUCUAUGUGCCUGAGAGGAGACCCUCCCUGGACCUUGAAAAUGGCCGGGGACCCAUGGAGACUACUGAGAGGCACGAUGUAGAAAGGGCCCGAUCCCCAGUUCACAGCUACAAUUCCUUAAAUAGCGAUGACUUCUAUCAAUCUUAUGGGGUGGACGAAGAAACUGAACUGCCUGCAACUAAAGUCCAUCUGGAGAGAACGGAGUCUUACUCCAGCUGCUAUUCCACGGACAGUGAAGACUGUGAACACAGGACUAGGAAGUCUCGAUGUGCUGCACCUAAAGCAGAGGGUCCGGCAGUGGUACCCCUUUCACGACCAGAACUAGCUAAAAACCCAGACGAGAAAAGGCAUCCUGCCCUGACUGUAGAAUUCACCUUCAAGGCCAUCAGGAAAACACUUGAGAGGCUAGGACAGGAUGAUCUAAGGAGGUUUAAGAUAACACUAUGGAAGCGUUACCCCGAGUCGUUCAGUGCUCCUCCCCAGGGCAUGGACAUGGUGGAGCUGGUGGACAAACUUCUGGAGUGUUAUGACCUGGAGGUGGCCCUACAGCUCACCAAGGCUCUGCUGAAGGACAUGGACCUCAAGCGCCUGGCUGACUACCUCACGGACCUCUGCAAGAAAAAUGAGGUGCGUUAUGAGCUGAGACAAACUCUGCUGAGGAAGUAUGGCAGCAUGUGUGAGGGCUUCACCAAGCAGGGAGAGCAUAAGGCUUUUGACACUAUCUUUAAUGAUCUCUACAUAACAGACGGCGGCAACGCCGGGCCUAAUAUCCAGCAUGAGUUCAGGAAGAUCAACAAGUUGUCUACCAAUCGCAAGAAGGAGAAGAUGAUCACGUCCAGGCAGAUCUUUGACCUUGACGUGAUCAAUGAGAAGCAUGUGAGGUCUAUAGUGACCAACGGCAUCGCCGGCGUGGGGAAGUCUGUGGUCGUGCAGAAGUUCAUCUUGGACUGGGCUGAGGAGCGUGAGCACAAGCACAUCUAUUUCCUGUUCCCGCUGCCCUUCAAAGAGCUCAACCUAAUGCUGGGCCAAAAGAUCAGUCUAAUUGAGAUCGUACAUACCCUGUACCCCGAGACCAAGGUGCUGCCCACGUUCGAGUGCGAUGAGGGUAGGGUCAUGUUUGUCUGUGACGGGCUGGAUGAGUAUGCAAAUCCACUGGACUUCCAUCGCACGGAGACUUGGUGUGACAGCACUGAGCCAGCUGACAUGCAUGUGUUGGUCACCAACCUUAUUAGGGGCAACCUGCUCCCCUCCUCCCUCCUCUGGAUUACCUCACGCCCCCUCACCUCCAGUCGCCUGCCACCUGAGGCUGUGCACCAGGUCCUGGAGGUGCGCGGUUUCACAGAUGAACAGAAGGAAUGGUACUUCAGGAAGAGAUUUGAGGACCAGGCACAGGCUGAUAAGGUGAUUGCCCAACUGACGUCCUGUAAGACCCUCCACAUCAUGUGCCAUCUGCCCACGUUCUGCUGGGUGGUGUGCGGGCUGUUCCAGCGCACGUUCCAGGAGAAGGGUCCAGACGCGGAGCUCCCCAAGGGGCUUACCCUGAUGUACACUCAUCUGCUACUGGGGCACUUGCACGUGCGUGGUGCUAGGGGCUCACCCCCCCGCACUCCUGAUGAGGAGAGGGAUUUCUUGGUGAAGCUGGGCAAGGUUGCCUUUACAAUGCUGGAGAAGAACCAGAUGGUCAUUGACAAGGCCACCUGGAAGGACUCAGAGGUGGAUGUUGCUGAGGCGGUCACCAAGAGUGGCCUGUGCAUUGAGUUCCUAAUUGAACAGUUUGUGAUGUACCAGGAAAGGAUCCAGAGCUUCAUCCACCCCACUAUCCAGGAGUACUUGGCUGCCCUCUAUGUGUUCCUUACAUGGAGGUCCACAGGGAAGAACGUCCUGGAGCAGCCACUGAAGAGUAAGCUUUCACACAUGUUCAAGGAACCCGGGUUGCUGGUCAUACAUCGCAGUGCCAUAGAGAGGAGCCUACAGAGCCCUGAGGGAAACCUGGACAUCUUUCUUCGCUUUCUGUUAGGCAUGUCCCUGAAAGCCAAUCAGGAGCUGCUCCAACGUUUCCUACCCAAUAAGAACAUUUGUCCCUCUUUCUCUGAGGAGACGGCUUCUAUCAUUAAGAAAAAAAUCAAAGAGAACCACUACCCUGACAGGAGUACAAAUCUGCAGGGCUGCUUAGACGAGUUGGGUUUUGGUGAAGUUCCUAGCCACAGCCGCUCUAACUCAAUGAAGAACAACUGACUGACAAUACCGUCUAUAUUUAAAAAGGUUCAAAAUAUGAGUCAAUAUUCUUUACAUUAUAUUUCAUUAUGCUUUAAGCUUUUAUAAUGGAAUUGAGAAAGAAACAUAUUGACACACUUCAGGCUCCUUUGUAACAAAAUACUCUGGAAGUGAGUGGAACUUUGUCAUGACAAAACUAGCCACAAGGAGGCAAUCGCGGUACACUAUACUACUGCGAUGAAGGCAGUGAGGUUUCUGUUAGAGGUAUACUUCUAUCAAAAUAGUAGUCAAAGGGAAACCAAUCAAUUCCCUAAGUAUUGUAAUUAGACGCAGACUACUUUUGUUGUCGUUAUGAGCUUUCAAACUUGAUGCUACACCACAUGCAGAAUUGUAACUUUACAAGGUGCAAACAUGAAAUAAUGUAGUUA